AAGUUGCUGUGCCGACAGCGGAAGAAUAUGUUCCGAAACCAUUGAUGGCCGAAGGCUGCUGACGAAAUGGAUUAAUCAAAUAGUAUUAACGCUUCGCUUUAAAAAAUUACAAGAAAGCUGACAGUGGUUUAACGUGCUGUUUUCAGCUAACAGUCAAUCAUCCUUCAGGGUUAGGGUUGGUGUAGACUAAAUAUUAUCGAAACAAAAUCUUGUCAAUAUUGCGUAUGCCUUUAUUAUAAAACAGACGCGACACGCUGGACAAUCGGAAUCGUAACAAUGUUCAGUUUUUUAAAAAAGCAUCCACCCAGAGAAGGCGAAGAAAGAGAGAAAAUUAAAAAAGAGUUAUUCAGUUUCAAAAAGUGUGGAGAUUAUGGAUUUCCAAGCAAGCCUUGUGCCUUAGCAUAUGAUGCAGUACUCCGUCUUCUUGGCGUAGGCACCAAGUCAGGAGCCAUUAAAGUAUAUGGUGCACCUGGUGUAAAAUUUUCUGGAUUUCACAAGUCGGAUGUUGCAGUGGUCAGCCUUUUCUUCCUACCUGAAGAGGGUCGAUUGGUAUCUGUAUGUAGUGACAACUCAGUGCAUCUAUGGGAAAUCAAUCUUCAUGGUGGUAACUCCGUUCUUGAGGAAGUCAGGGAGUUCCUAAUGGAAAAUAACAAGAUGAAGACUAUCUCAACAUGUUGUUUGACACCUGGAAGUCGGACUUUGCUUCUUGGUACUGAAGGGGGCAACAUUUACAUUCUUGACCUCAUAUCUUUUACCCUAUUGGACCAGAUCAUCUACCAAGAUGUUGUCAUGCAAAAUGUUCCAGAUGACUUUAAAGUGUGUCCAGGGGCAGUAGAAGCAAUUGCAGUACAUCCAGCUAAUCCAGAAAAAUUCCUCAUUGGUUACAACAGAGGUCUUAUUGUAAUGUGGAACAACAGAGAAUGCAACACUGAAAAAACCUAUAAUGCAACACAGCAACUGGAAUCUUUGGCCUGGCAUCGUAGUGGAGAUGAAUUCAUUAGCUCACAUGCAGAUGGAAGUUACAUUACUUGGAGUAUGUUCAGUUUUACCAUGAAGGCAUCUGUUACACCAUAUGGUCCCUUUCCAUGUAAAGCAAUCAACAAACUUCAAUGGAAAACAUCAAAAGGGGGCGACUUCAUAAUUUUUUCUGGUGGCAUGCCAAGAGCAAGUUACGGGGAUCGCCACACUAUUAGUGUGAUGCAAGGUGAUGAAAACCAUGUAGUAUUAGACUUCACAUCUCGUGUUGUGGACUUCAUUACUGUGUGCAAUGCUGAUGAGACAGCAGACAUCUCAGAAGAAAGAGAUGAACCCAAUAUAUUAGUAGUACUUGUAGAAGAAGAGUUGGUGGUACUUGACUUGGAGAGUCGUGACUGGCUUUCAUUCUGCCUGCCAUACUUAAACAGUGCUCAUGCUUCUGCCAUUACUUGUACCCAACAUAUUCUGAAUGUUCCUGACCAACUGUGGCUGAAGUUAAUUGAUGCUGGGAAUGCUCAAAGGAGAAAGCUUUCCAAACGUGAAUGGCCAAUCAGUGGAGGAAAGAAUCUUGCCAGAGAAACAGUGUCCAAGGAUUUACUUAUUACAGGCCAUGAAGAUGGUACAGUCAGGUUUUGGGAUGUGUCAGGCACAUGUCUAUCAUUGCUAUAUUGCUUGGCAACUGCACCUUUUUUUGGAUUUCCGGACCAUACUGGAGAGUCAUCAAAUAGUGAGGAAGAUUGGCCACCAUUUAGAAAGGUGGGCACAUUUGAUCCCUACAGUGAUGAUCCACGGCUUGCCAUCCAGAAGAUAGCUCUUUGCUCUUUCAGUGAAACGCUUGUUGUGGCAGGGACUGCAGGGCAGGUAGUAGUGCUGCAAAUGGAACGAGAGCAGCAUGUCCAAGAGCUAAAGGCUUCCACUCUGAAUAUUGUAAGUGAUCGAGACAACUUUGUGUGGAAGGGUCAUGAAAUGUUGACACCCACAGUUGGCGAUGUAUCGUUUGAUGCUGGCUACCAUCCAACAUGCAUCUUGCAGUUAUAUCCUCCUGCUGCAUGCACAGCCUUGGCCCUUCAUUCAGAGUGGCAGCUAGUGGCUGCUGGAACAGCUCAUGGAUUCGGUCUAUUUGAUUAUGCUCAACAAAAGGAAAUUAUACACAAAUGUACUCUCAGCAUGGGGGAUAUGUCUGGUUCUUCAGACACAACCAUGUCACGUCGUAAGUCUUUAAAAAGGUCACUAAGAGAAUCAUUCCGCCGCCUUCGAAAAGGGAGAUCAGAGAGGAGGAAGCAUGAAAAAUAUAAAGGAAAGAAUGAUGAAAAGCAGCACCAACGGACAACUGUGGAAAGUGAAGAUAUUGCAGGGGAAGCUCAUCCUGUUGAGCGCAUUGUUGAAGCUCGUAGUACAGAAGAUUCUAUGGCAUCCAUGGUACGGUCUGUGUACUUUGCAGACACCUUUAUUGUUAGUGGAGCCAACAGUCCUUCACUCUGGAUAGGCACAAAUGGAGGACAUGUGUACAUUUUUAUCCUUUCUGUACCCACAAGUGACAAACGAUCAAGUCAUCCAGUUGGAAGCCAACUGGCCAAGGAAAUAAAACUGAAGCAUCACGCUCCUGUCAUAAAUAUAGCCGUCAUGGAUGGAAAAAAUCACAUCUUACCAGCACCUUUUGAGGUGAUCCAUGAACACGCUAAAGCACCAGAUAUGGGAGGACAACAUUCUGCAAUAAUUUGUUCUGAGGAACAACUAAAGGUGUUUACUUUACCUGCUUUAAAGCCGAGAUGGAAGAACAAGAUCACUGCAGUUGAUGGUGCACGCCUGAGACGUACAUCUUUUGUUGCAUUUAGAAGCAAAAGGGCUGACAACUAUUCUGAAUUUGAUAUAGCCUGUCUUAAUAAUCUUGGGGAGCUGGCAAUAUAUUCUGUGGCCUCUUUGCGGCGUCAGAUGAUUACUUCAGCCAUCAAAAAAGAAGAUAUUAAUGGAAUAGCAUCAUUCGUCUUCACAAAGGAUGGACAGGGGUUCUACUUACAAUCACCAUCAGAGUUUUGUCAUAUCUCACUUUCGGCAUGUGAUACAAAAGCACCUGUGUGCAUGCUGCAGUUACGUGAGGGUAUGCGACCAGAGCCUGGACCUCUUGUUGGCACUUCACAGUUUUCCUCUGUGCAAGACAUGAUGAAUGCUGCAGAAAGGGAGGGGAGCCCAGAGGAAAGAGAAGUGGAUCUGAGAGGUUAUGAUACAUCUGACAUUCUGACUGGUUUGGAUGAAAGCCAGGCAACUGAUUCACGGACAGACACUUCUGGUGACAUCACUGUAGACAGCAUUCAAGACCAUGUGAAUGAAACCACUCAGCACACCACUGCAGUGAUUUUUACUGAAACCACAAGCAUUACAGAUACAGCCAAUUCCUCUUUGGCACCACAAUUGAUUGUGAUGAGCUGAGGAGGAUUGCCACAGAGUUAUCAGCAAUAGUAGAAUACAUCAGACCUGACAUGUAUAGAGGUGCAAUUACUACUUCAAGAAACCUUUUAAUGCUGUGGAUAGCAUUCAUCAUCCUACUUGAAUAGCAUGUUGAUACCUUGAAAAUAAAUUAGAGUACGUUAUCAGAAUUGUCCAGAUAUGUUCAUAUCUGCCAUUUCCAUUUUAUUGUGCAGUAAUGAUAAAAAUUUCUGUUUCUUUCCUUUUUUGGAUUAUAUUUUAUUCUUUGUUUAAUCCAUUACAUUAAAGAGGAUAAUUUGUUUUUUCUUAUUGUGGUUAUGAAAUGUCCUGUUCAUAAAAUUAUACUGAUAUAUUUUGCUUCAGUUUUCAUAAGUCUUGUGACAAAAGAUGUUUAGAACUAGUUUAAUAGAGUUUGUAUAAAAAUAUGUAGUGUAUACUCUUUUGACAAGUGGCAAUUUAGAAUUAUGUUAUUACGAAGUUGAUUAACUGAUUGUAAGAUGGAUGAUACUUAUAACUACAUGUGCUUCAAUACUUAUUAAUCUUGUGACUUAAUACAAUUAUAUGAGAAAUGUUUAGAAAUAGUAUAGUUUUUGU